GCAACAGUUGAAGGAAAGGGGAAUAGGGGAGGGGAAACUGCAGGUCACACAACUGGUGAGACUUGAUGUUGGAUAUUAUGUCGGUUAAGGAAGUGCUUCAACCGCCGGGUCAAUCCUUUCAUGUUAUGAAGUUGAAAGGGGCUUUUAUCAACUGAAUCCACCAUUGCAUUAGACAUUACCUUCUACGUUAAGAGGAAUCUCAGAGAUAGUAUAAGGACCCACCGACCCCAAACCCAACAGCCACCUGCAAGUAUUGUUUGUUGUGAUCUAACUCAAUAGUUGGCCUCCCUUGUUUGUCUCUUUGAUCUCCAAUCCCAAAAGCGGCCUCCAAAGUAGAAGUGUGUUGCACAAUCUUACAAUUCCAUUCUGAACAUCGUCUCCAUCAGCUGUGGAAUGUUAACAUAAAUGACGAUAAAAAAAUGUUAGAGAGAGAGAUUAUAAGGGUAUUAUAUGCAGAGACAAGAAGUCCCAAGCCAGCCAACCACUAUCUCAUGAAUUAAUAAUCAAACCAGAAUAUGAUAAUACACAUUAGAAGAUUGAAGGUGGCCUUCACGUACAAAACAAUUUUGAAUAACACAGAGUAUUUGAAAUACAACUUAGUUGCUCCCACGUCAAUGCCAAAAUCCCAAAAAAAAAACACCAAGAAUUCUCAUAACCGAAACACUAUAUAUACCACCCCAAUCCAAGUAUCUCUUCAUCACACAAAGCCAUUAACUCAAAAGUCUCUAAACCUCUAAGUUAACCAUUCGACAAGAUGGCAAGUGGCCAGAUCACGAUCCUCGUCUCAUUGAUUCUCCUCCCAUUGGCCUUCCCCUCCACAGCAGCCUACGAUUAUGUGCCGGCCAAAACAGUGGAGAAGAAAGUAGAUGUCGUGGUUGAAGGCAUGGUCUACUGCCAGAGCUGCCAACACUAUGGAACAUGGUCUUUGUCCGGGGCUGACCCUAUCCCUGCAGCUAAAGUUAGCGUUAUCUGCAAAGACCACAGAGAACGAGUAAGCUAUUACAAGGCAUUCGAAACAGAUGCACAUGGCUACUUCUACGCACAACUUGAGGGCUUCACAAUGAGCCACUACUUAUUAGACCAUCCCCUUACUUCGUGCCACGUUAAGCUCGUUUCAUCACCUCUAGAAAGCUGCAACGUACUUUCUAAUGUGAACUACGGACUGAAUGGCUCUCCACUUCGCUAUGAGAACAAGAGAUUGUUUGGAAAGAAUUACAAGGCCCUAGUUUUCGUUGCAGGUCCCUUGGCGUUCCGUCCAGCUAACUGCACUCCUACUUAUCACCCAUGAUUGCAUUACCAUCCUUAACUCUUUGAUUAAUUGUUAUUUCUGUUUUAAUGUUGUUUGGCCUGUUUGUUCGCUGUUCACUGUUGAUUUAACAAUCCUUGUAUUUCUCAGUUUGAAUUUUGUUCUAUUUCUUGAAUCAAUUUAAAAA